AUGAUUCGUUUCAUUUUGAUUCAAAACCGCGCUGGAAAAACAAGACUUGCCAAAUGGUAUAUGCAUUUUGAUGAUGAUGAGAAACAGGUGAAUAAAGUUUUUUAAAAGAAUUUUUCUCUGAACAAAAAACAACUUUGAAUAUUGUUGUUCUUUCAGAAAUUGAUCGAAGAAGUUCAUGCUUGUGUAACAGUUCGUGAUGCCAAACACACCAACUUUGUCGAAUUCCGCAAUUUCAAAAUUGUAUACAGAAGAUAUGCUGGAUUGUAUUUUUGCAUUUGUGUUGAUAUUACUGAUAACAAUUUGUAUUAUUUGGAAGCGAUUCAUAAUUUUGUUGAGGUAUGUGUUAUCUGGGGAUUUUUUAAAAGAUAAUCUGUUUAUUUGAAAGUCAAUUUAGCAAAAAGAAGAAAUUAUACAAAAAAAAACAAAAAUUUUCUUUAAAGGUUCUCAACGAAUAUUUCCACAAUGUCUGCGAAUUGGAUUUGGUUUUCAACUUCUACAAAGUCUACACAGUUGUCGAUGAAAUGUUCCUGGCCGGCGAGAUCCGUGAAACAUCACAGACCAAAGUAUUGAAACAACUUCUUAUGCUCACCUCGCUCGAAUAG